GUGAUAACGGUAGGGGGAAAAUUGGCAGUUCAUGUCGGAAGGAGCUAUUCGGCGCGGUUGCGCAUACGGCGACGCACGGCUGUUUCAGCUCCGUAACUUUUAUGUGCCCCUGGUACUCGUUACGGUAGUUUAGUUUAAUUUUAGUGGUUUUAGUGUAAAAUAGUUUAAAAAAAUAUAUUAUUCAAAAUGAGGAUUCAAAGCUUUUUGCGUCAGUGUUUGGGGACAACCAUAAUGGCCUUCCCGAAGUUCCUUCUCGGCUCCGGGACCGUAUGGCCGUCCUACGCCCUGCUCAUCCUACAGAGCGCGUCCACGCCCCUCUCAGGACCCAUCAGUCUCUUCGAAGAAGCCCUCAUGGGCAGUCUACCCUACAUCUCGAGCAUAUUCAUGUCGCCCUUCGGUGGAGUCAUUGUAGAUAAAUUUGGGAGGAGGUGGAGUGGUAUUUUUACUAAUGUUGUAGUUGCGGUAUCGUGGGUAUUUGUUAUUUACGGGACAACAUCUCCUAUGUUAUUAAUUGGAAGGUGCUUAUUUGGCGUGAGCGGUGGUUUACUUAUGCAGGUAGCCUGGGCAUUCGCAGCAGAAGUGUCCGAAGAUGCCUGUCGAGGAUUCAUGUCUUCCAUGCCAUCAGUCAUGUACGCUUUAGGUGCCCUGGUAUCCAUAAUCCUUGGCUGGUUGACCACGUACCACAACAUCGCAUAUAUAAACUUCGGCCUGGCGGUCGCGAAUGCGUUCACAAUGUGGUUGCUUCCUGAGACCCCGGUGUAUUUGUGCUUAAUUGGAAAACAUGAGGAUGCGUUGAAAUCGUUAUCUUUCUACCGUGCAUCUACGACCAAAGACAAGGCUGUAAUCGAUGAGAUGGCAGAAAUUAAAGCCAAUCAAGACAACAAGCAGAAAUCUGUGACACUAGUGCCGACUGAAGAACCCGUGACACAGGAUCCCGAAAAGCAAAAUCUAGCGAAUGAAGAAUUCGUUGCGCCUGCAAAACUAUCACCUAUGCAAUAUUUCCGUAUUUCUCCUGGAGCGCGCUGGUCCUUUAUCGUCGUCACUAUAAUUUUGACUCUCUCCAUCUUCACGGGAGUUAUCGCCAUCCAAGUGUACGGUGGAACUCUAUUCCUCAAGGCCACCCCCUCUCUAUCGCCUGACUUGUGCGCCGUUCUUCUGGCUUCCAUCUUGAUGGUGGGAGCCAUCUCUGGAGCAGCAUGCACGGAUUUGUUUGGCAGACGGAUCUUACUGUCUUCGGCAUCUGCUAUAAACGGUGUCUGUAUGGUGCUGCUGGGUGUUAUGAUGCGCUGGCCAUUUGGCCCCGAGUGGCUGGUGCCAGCCGUCAUAUUGGUCUUCUGCUUCGUUUUCAACUUUGGCGGUGGCAUGAUACCGUAUGUGCUAUUGGCCGAAGUAUUUGUUCCUGAGGUAAAAGGCUUCUCGCAAUCCAUUAUGAUGCUAUGGCUGUACCUCGUCAACUUCAUCCUUCUUCUCGUCUUUGUGCCAGCAGUUGAAUUCAUAGGCCUGCAAGUUGUUUUCUUCGUAUUCGCGGGCUGUGCCUUCGCCUGCACAUUAUGUACCUAUUACAUGAUACCAGAGACCAAGGGCAUGAACCCUUAUGUCAUCGAGGAGUUGUUUACGGCGAGGAUAAAGGAGGGAAGGCGGUGGGCGAGACCUAUUUCUGACAAUAAGUAAUGUGUACAAAAUAAGAUUGACAAAAAUAAUUUCAGGGACAAGUCUUAUUUUAGUUAUUAUAGAUCUGUGAUGAUUUUCAACAGUGGACGUGAAGUACCGAAUGAGCAAUUGAUGGCCAAUGUGAUAAAAUUAUAUCAUAUUAACUGUGUUUGGGCUAUCGUAGCUAGAAUUGGUCAAACCAAAUUUGUCAGUACAUAAGACAUAAGAACAAUAAAACUAUACUCGUCCUUUUCUUUUGGGUGCUAGUACUAGUAUAAGACAAAGAUAGUAUCAUUUUCUGUCUAUGUUUGAAACGAGACAGUCCUUUGACAAACUAUAUAAUAAGAGGUUUAUAACCAGCAGGCGUAUUAUGGAUAGUUUUAUCCACGUGAUAAAAUAACUUUCACUUUUUAACACCGGGUGCUUGAAAGCGACGCGACGUAUAUCACGCUGUCACGUAGACAAGAACGACCAUCAUAUCCGUGCAGAAGUUGGAUGAAAUCGAUUGAUGACGACAAUAUGAUGAGGUUUGUAUUGAACCUGAACAUGACAGUGUUUGGUCACGUGACACUCCAAAUAAAAUUUCAAUUAAAUGUUUUAAGUUCCUGAAAUGGGUCCUGAACUAAGUGUUCUCUAGAAACAAAAGGUGUACCUAUGUAAUUAAGGGUCGGUUGCACCAAACUGUUCGUAUCGUUAAAGAGUUCGCUAAAUUUUUAUGUAUGGAAAGUUUCAUAGUAAAGCGCCGGGGCGCGCCGGCUGACGUUGAUCAGUCUGUCAAAUGUGGUUGGUGCAACUGGCCCUAAAUGUGGUAUAAAUAACCAGUGAUAUAUCCUAUGUACUUAUAAAUAACUUAAUUUAAU